AGUCUAGAAAACAGCCACCCCAACACACCCUAGAACCCAAAGGUUGCAACAAAGCAAUCUGAUCUCCCACCCCAAAGUUCUGGAAAAGUUUGCCCCCAAGGCGGUUUCUCCCCACUCCCUAAUCUCCACUAUAAAACCGAAUUUCAGACCUGCGCUCCCUUCUGCAUCGAGCUUCAGGUUGCCAACCUCUCUCAAUAAAAAGUGUGUUGGCCCCGCUUUGAGGUCGAACUCAGUGUUCUCAUUUUCCUCCUCUGAUCCUCUGACUUACUUCUUACACAGCACAGGGGUGUAGAGACAUGUUCUUUGUUGCUUGUUUGGCGUUUGGGUUCCGACCUCAGGCAACUGGAAAGGAGCACCUUGGGUCUCCUGCUCAGUUCCCUGCCCAGCGUUCCGCCCACUUUUCCCACGGUGGCCCUGCCCCAGCGUCCUGGAGGCAUAGCUACCAGGGGCCAGAUCUGCCUGGACACUUAAAGGCUCACUGCACAAACCCCGCUGAGCAGGAACCUCUGACCCCUGAAACAAUGGAUAGAUUUGACCUGAUUAAGAUCAUCGGGGAAGGCACCUUUGGGAAAGUAUACUUGGCAAAAAACAAAACAGAAAGCAAUUAUUGCGUCAUAAAAGAGGUCGAUUUUACACAGGAAAAAGAAGCUUCUAAGAAAGAAGUGAUUCUUCUGGCUCAGAUGAAGCAUCCCAACAUUGUAACCUUCUUCAGUGCAUUUCAAGAGAAUAGCAGGCUGUUUAUCGUAAUGGAAUAUUGUGAUGGAGGGGAUCUCAUGCAGAGGAUCCAGAGGCAGAGGGGAGUGUUAUUCAGUGAAGAUCAGAUCCUGUGCUGGUUUGUACAGAUUUCUCUAGGAUUGAAGCACAUUCACGACAGCAAGAUAUUACACAGGGAUAUAAAAUCUCAGAACAUUUUUCUCAGCAAGAAUGGAACGGUUGCAAAGCUUGGGGACUUUGGAACAGCAAGGGCACUGAGUAAUUCCAUGGAACUUGCUCAGACAUGUGCUGGGACCCCUUACUAUCUAUCCCCAGAGAUUUGUCAGAACAGACCAUACAACAAUAAAACGGAUAUUUGGUCUCUUGGAUGUGUCUUAUAUGAGCUCUGCACACUCAAGCAUCCUUUUGAGGGUAACGACUUACACCAUCUGGUUCUGAAGAUUUGUCAAGCACGUGUUGCUCCCAUAUCACCCCACUUUUCUCUUGACCUACAGUCCUUGGUCCCUCAGCUCUUUAAAGUGUGUCCUCAGGAUCGACCAUCUAUCAAUUCCCUUUUGAAAAGGCCUUUUUUAGAGACUCUUACUACCCGAUACUUGUCUCCUGAGGUCCAUUCAAGAAGAAUUGAGUUCCAUGGUCAUAUGCAGAAUGCGGCUAUGGGCCUCACAACUCACUGGAGAGGUAGUCCAUGGUCUGCUGCAUAUCUUCAGAGGAGAUUUGAAGCUCAGCAGUAUAAGUUAAAAGUGGAAAGACAGUUGGGUCUUCGUCCAUCUUCUGCUGAGCCACAUCCCAGUGAGAGAGAAAAGCCACAAAGCCACAGAGAGGAGACUAAACUCCAGGAGCUCCAGUAUAGGAAGAACAGAAUGAAGGACCAGGAAUAUUGGAAACAGCUAGAGGAAAUCCGGCAACAAUACCACAGUGACAUGAAGGAAAUUAAAGAGAGGAUGGGGAGAGAGCUGAAGGAGAUAAAGGAGAAUGCAAACCUCAGUUGUAAAACCUACCUGGUGAAGAGGAGUAACCUGCCCGCCCACCCUGAUGCACCCAAGGAAGAAGCCUCGACACAGAGAGGGGUGAAGUUUGAAAUUAGCCUGGAUAAGUGUAUUCCCGAGGAAGACGUCGUCCAAGAGAAAGAGGUAUGCCAUUCUGUACAUAUUGCUGCGGUCAGCUGUGACAAGGGAGUCAUGUAUAAAGUAAACCCUUUCCUCCAAAAGUUGCUUUUGGUCAUGGUGUUUGUUACAAUAGAAAGCAAACUGGGACAGGCCCUAGGAAUUGUUCAGUGCUGCCAUUAUACUCUGGCUGCCAUGGAACUAAUGAGUUAUUCUCUUACAGAGGGUUUCUUUCCAGAUACCGUUGCUGUGGAGAACAGGAGGCAGUGGGAUACUAGAGCACCUCAGGCUCUGCUGCAAAUAAUGGCAACAGCAGAUGUCACCUCCACCUGUCCCACCAUGCCUGAUGAUGGCCAAGUUAUUGUGAUGGAAGGCAGUCCAGAAAAUGGGAAGCAGUGGUGGUGUGAUGUGCCAGGGACCCUGAGUGCUUUGACAGCAACACACACCUGCAGUAGCUCAUUGUGGGCCAAUAAAGGAGAACCUGUAGCAAUGAUGGAACCACAGCUUCCCAAAGAAGACCAGGAAGAGGCAGAAAAAGCCUCUGGCAUUGUAGUGGAUGAUGAGCAGCUGGAUCCAGGAUCGGAUGGUGAUAUAAAAUUUGAAGAAUCUGAAGAUGAGCUGAGAAGUGAAAUGAUAGAAUCCCUAGAAAAACUUGCAACUUCCACAGAAGAAAGGGAAGAGGCUCCCAGCUCCUCCAGUGCUGAAAAGCCAGGAGAGAAAGAAAGGAUACACUUGCCUGUUUAGGAACUCUAGUGAAGGUCUAGAGUUUGGCCUGCCUAACUUGUAUUGCUAAGGCUAUAGUUCAUCAAACGCAGUCAAAAUGUGCAAGUAUGAAUAAUGUAUUUCUCAUUACUGGGGAUUCAUAUCCUUAAAGAAAAAAUCCACUAUCUUACUGAGUUUACACCCUUUGCCCUGAUUAUGCUCUUGAGGGACAACUCUGAUGAAAGCUGUUUUUAGCUUAGCUCUAUUAAAUUGAAACUACUUGUUCAUUUCUCUAUGUGUUUGUCUUUAAAAUAAAGUUUAUUAGAAAAACAUCA